UUUNGGUUUCUACGCGGAGGAGGAGGACGACGACGACGACGACCACACCGUUGUUUUUUGUUGUUUGGUUGUAGUUUCUCGGCUUCUUUGUCUGCUUCUGUUCUUCUUCUUCUUCUUCUUUUGCUGCUGCUGCUGCUUGUUUUGGUGUUUUUUGGUUGUAUGGUUCGUCCCUUUCCGCGAUUCUUCGAGGUUGUUUGAUUCUUUCUUAUGCCAUGGAACAACUUGUUGAUGCCAAGGAUUUGAAGGGCUCGACGGAGAAUUCCUCUGCUAAUUCACUCUUUGAUGCUUCACGAUAUGAAUUUUUUGGUCAAAAUGUCGUGGGAGAAGUGGAGCUGGGAGGUUUAGAAGAAGACGAAGAUGUUCCUUUAUUUGGGUCUACAGAUGAAGAGUAUCGUUUGUUUGUUCAGGAAGAGGGUACAGGGUUGGGAUCUUUAUCGGAAAUGGAUGAUUUGGCAAACACUUUUGCAAAGCUGAACAAAGUUGUUACUGGACCAAGACACCCUGGAGUUAUUGGAGACCGAGGAUCUGGUUCUUUUUCUCGGGAAAGUUCGUCUGCAACUGAUUGGGCACAAGAUGGAGAGUUUUGUAAUUGGAUAGAGCAGCAUGUAUUUGAUUCAGAAUGUGCUCAGGAGGAGAAGAGAUGGUCAUCUCAACCUCAAUCUUCUAUUCGUCUUCCUGAACCAAAACCUUUGUAUAGAACGUCCUCUUAUCCUCAGCAGCAGCCUACACAACAUCACUUUUCUAGUGAACCAAUUUUAGUACCAAAAUCUUCUUUCACAUCAUUCCCUCCUCCAGGAAGUAGGUCUCAACAUGGUUCACCUCGUCACCUAAAUGUUUCAUCCCUUCCUGAUGGAAAUCAGUUACCCUUCUCUGCACCAAACAUCGCCUCUUUAUCCAAGUCUAAUAUGCAGUUAGCUGGGAUGCCGCAUGGCUUGCAUUAUGGAGGCAACAUGCACCAGUUCACCACUCCCGGCCUUUCUUUUAGUAGCAGGCCACAAAAUCAGUGGAUUAACAACGCUGGUCUAUUACAUGGGGAUCACUCAAAUCUCUUGAACAGUAUAUUGCAACAGCAACUAUCUCAUCAAAAUGGCAUCCUAUCCUCUCAGUUAUUGUCAGCUCAUCAGCAGCUGCAACAGCACAGGCUACAUCAUCCAGUACAACCAUCUUUGGCGCAUUUUGCAGCUCUUCAGUCUCAGCUCUAUAAUGCCCAUUCACCAUCUUCCCAUAGAGCAAUCCUUGGAUUGACUGAUGUGAGAGAUCAGAAACCUAAAUCACAGAGAGGGAAACAUAACAUGCGUUCUUCUCAGCAAGGUUCUGAAACUGGUAGUCAAAAGAGUGAUAGUGGAUCCUUCCAGUUCAGAUCUAAGCAUAUGACAGCUGAUGAGAUAGAAAGUAUUCUGAAGAUGCAGCAUGCUGCCACCCACAGCAAUGAUCCUUACAUAGAUGACUAUUAUCACCAGGCUCGUGUUGCCAAAAAAGCUGCUGGGUCAAGAUCAAAGAAUGCAUUUUGUCCCUCCCGACUAAGAGAGCUUCCAUCUCGAUCUCGUAGUGGUUCAGAUCAGCAUUCUCAUUCCACACCUGAUUCAUUGGGAAAAAUACCUUUAGCUUCCAUUCGUAGACCUCGCCCUCUUCUUGAAGUUGAUCCUCCAUCCUCAGGUUUGUGUGACGGUAGCUCUGAACAGACGAUAUCCGAAAGGCCUCUUGAGCAAGAACCAAUGCUUGCUGCUAGAAUCACCAUUGAAGAUGGUCUCUGUCUUCUUCUUGAUAUAGAUGAUAUUGAUCGGCUUUUACAACAUAAUAAACCACAAGAUGGAGGAGUCCAGCUCAGACGAAGGCGACAGAUGCUGCUGGAAGGUAUGGCAGCGUCACUUCAGCUUGUUGACCCCCUUGGAAAAAGUAGCCAUGGUGUUGGCCCGUCUCCAAAGGAUGACAUUGUGUUCCUGCGUUUGGCCUCUCUUCCCAAAGGUCGAAAGCUUCUUACUAAAUUCCUCAAGCUGAUUUUCCCUGGUAGCGAGCUUGCACGAAUUGUCUGUAUGGCUAUUUUUCGUCACUUGAGGUUCUUGUUUGGUGGACUUCCAUCUGAUCCUGGAGCAGCUGAGACAACAUCUAAUCUCUCAAAGACUGUUUCUGCCUGUGUUAACGGUAUGGACCUUCGUGCAUUAAGUGCUUGUCUUGUUGCUGUUGUCUGCUCAUCAGAGCAGCCACCACUACGCCCCCUUGGAAGUUCUGCUGGAGAUGGAGCCUCUAUUGUUCUGAAGUCCAUUCUUGAAAGGGCUACAGAAUUAUUAACUGAUCCUCAUGUUGCUAGUAACUGUAGCAUGCCUAAUCGAGCGCUAUGGCAGGCAUCCUUUGAUGAAUUCUUCAAUCUUCUUACCAAGUACUGUGUGAGUAAAUACGAGACUAUAGUGCAGUCAUUGUUUUCGCAGACACCAUCGACCACUGAUGUUAUAGGGUCAGAGGCAGCCAGAGCCAUCAGUCGCGAAAUGCCUGUGGAGCUUCUUAGGGCUAGCCUUCCCCACACCAAUGAGCCACAAAGGAAGCUUUUAAUGGAUUUUGCCCAGCGUUCCAUGCCAGUUUCAGAAUUCAGUGCCCAUGGUGGAAGUAGUGGACAAAUGAAUUCAGAAUCAGUUAGGGGUUAGGAAGGAAAAACACGAUGAAGUUCCAGGUAAAUGAUGUUACCAUUGAGAUGGUUAUAUUCUGCAUCGCUCGCUUCCUUCAAGUGGUGAACAUUCUCGGUGUUGGAUGAGGCAGGUCGCGAUGAUCGGUAAGUGGUGGGGAUACAUCUCCAGGAGCCAGCUUGAGGGGCUUCUACUUUAUCCAUUUCAGCGUUUUUCUUUUAAUAUAUUAAAAAAAACGUUCAUAAAAAAAUGCUUACUCUGUUUAAUAAUAGUCAUAUGCAUAAAUGUGUAUUAUCAAAAUUCUUAAUGGGGUUGUGACGGGAGCUUUAUUUUGGUGCUCUGUCUUUAACUUGAGGCUGAAAAGUGGAGAAAACCGCUUGUAGAGGGCAGUAGAAAAAUUCUAAAACUUUCAGGAGUCCUCUUUUCCAGACAUUUUUUAUUUGGAAGGUGUAUGUUUGUUCAAACUUUCUCAAGGCCAUUCUCUCAGUGGUCUCUCUCAACUGGAUUAGAAAUGUAUGAUGCCUCCUUACUUGGUGACUAAAUUUUAGCAUUCCCAAUCUCUACUUUAUUAAUGGACUGGUCUUUAGGAA